AUGCCCGUCACAGAACUCGCCAUCCUCCAGCUCAGAGGUGGUCACGAUGACCUCGAGUUUCUCGAGACGCUGAUGGAGUGCCAGGAGCUUCAGGACGAGUGGAUCCACAACAAUCAGCCUCACAACCUCGAGCCGAACGCAAACCUCAGCAGCAUGUACGUUGAAGAGUCCGACCCGCCAUCGCUGCUCAUCACCGCGCCCUGGGACACCCCCGAGGCCCACGGGGAGUGGAUCCGGAGUGGUGAGAACCAGAGCUGCAACGGCAUGCUCUCCGAGCACAUCAAACCAGGCUGCGACACCGUUCUACUGUUUCACAUGGCGCCGGCCGGCGAGCGAGCACAGAUGCGGACGGCCUUUGGGACCCAGCCCUUCUUCAACCUCUGCCGCAUCAGCGUCCGCCCGGACGAGAGGGAGUCGUUGCAGCAGGCCUAUGGCGACCUCGAGGACAGCUUGCCCACUGACGCAACGGGGGAACGCAGGUUGUGGGCGGGGUGGAGGAUCGAGAAGCAGCCGUGCGAAGACGAUGAACUUGUCGUCUUCUGGACCGACGACAUCGCCUACGAGCGGGUGCUGCCGCUCAUGCGAUUCUCCGACCGCACGCUUCGUCGUCGCUUCAAGCAAGUGGCAUGA